AUGAUUACCUAUCUAAGACAAGAAGCAAAAGAGCCAACAGCUGAAAAAUGCUGUUCCAAAUAUUUUCCGUUAUAUGUGAUCUGGCGUAAGUUCAACGUUUUAUUUAUCAAAACAAGCCAAUAAAUCAACAACCAUGAGUUUAUGGAGCUCAAGUUGAUCUCAACUAGCGAAAAUUCUACUUUGUAGGCCAAAUUGAUCUUACGCUUGUAAAUUCGUAUAAAAUUUUAAAUCUUAUGAGUCUUUUUAUGGCCAGAAAGUGUUCUUCUCUAAUCACUUCCCACGUUUCGCAAACAGUGGCGGACUUGAUCCAGUGGCCAAAAACAUACCAUUUUGCAUCCGGAGAGUGUCAAAAACCCGACAAAAUACCUCUACUUCCAACUUGGAAAACUUCAUUUUAAAGAGCGCGCCUUGUCUCUUACAAAAAGAGCUGCUAGGCUUUUGAAAUUGGAGUUUUUAUUCACUUGACGAGGGAGGUAUUUUACCACAUUUUUUAUACUUCCCGUAUGCAAAAUGGUUCUUUUUUUUGCCACUGGAUCAAGUCCAACACUGCAGUCACUCGGCUCCAUAGGUCGUCCAAUAUCUCGGUUUUAGUUGCAAAGCGCUAGUUAAAACUUCGAAUUGAUGUGUAGCCUAUGCCUGAGGUGCAUGCAAAGCUUAAAGAAAAUUUGAGGGUCGCACUUGUAACCUUUCCCUUGUACAGUGGGGGACCUGGGGCCUGUUUCACUAACAUAAAAAUAAAUAAAAGAGAAGUAGGGGGGAGCGAGAGAGCAUCGAAAACGCGUUUGCGAGCAAGAGAAACCGGACGAAAAGCAGAAGUAGCCUACUUUUGCGGGAGUGACUUUUUACGUCCAAAACCGCGGUUCGCGGCAGUAUUUUGGCCAUAACUUUUUUCUCAGUUGGUCUAGGAACACCCUUCAAAAUUUACAAUGAAGCUGACAGUUUCAGCUAUCACCAAGAUUAUUUUCAUUGCUGUGGUGCCAAAACCCGUCCUUAAAAAAAUCGUAAAGUACGCGUGCUUUCAUUUUUGAGAAAAUCGACUAAAUUUGAGCUUAAAAUUCCCAUAACUUGGAUAAAACUUUUCGGAUUGAAACCCUCCAAAAAACAACACAUAGAAUUUUUUAAGUAGUUUUAGACAAUAUGUGUUUUGAAUUCCUUUUAUAGCCCGGUGGACCGCUAAUUUUACAGUAGUACGGCCAACCAUCUCGUUUUUUCUUCUUCGCGGAAUAAAAACGCAUUUUUCUCACCAAUUUUUAUAAGAAUAAUUACAAAUUUCAUAUCAGUGUGUAGAGACGUUUCUUAGCUACAUUAUGUUUUUUGAGGGGUGGCGAUAUAUCAUAAAUUGAUAGAGUUACGGGCAAUUAAAUCAAGGUAACCUCCAUUUUUGACCAUAAAAAGUCGUUCCGAAAGGGGCGAACUUUUCCUCUUCCUUUGAUUUGAGGGCUCUUUUUAUGACAAAAAUGGAGGUAAAUUUGCCAUAACUCAGCCAUAAUAAGACCUACAAUUGGCCCUCUAAAAAAGCCUCAUAGAAAAAAAGACGGGCUAUCGAUUGGUAUAAAUUGAAGCGUCUACAUUUUGAAAUUGACCGAGAAAUAAAACAUUUCGUAUCUUCAGUGUAAAUGUACUCUGUACUUUAAGCUAUAUAACUAAUCUACUCUUGAAAAGAAAACAAUGAAAUUUGGAUAUGUUGUAGCCUCAACCGUCAGCUUUAUUUGGUUUUUUGAAGGGUGUUCCUAUACCAAUUGAGAAAAAAGUUAUGGCCAAAAUUCUGCCGCCAACCCCGGUUUUGGACGCAAAAAGUCACUCCGAAACAGAAGUAGGCUACUUCUGCUUUUCGUCCGGUUUCUCUCGCUCGCAAACGCGUUUUCGAUGCUCUCUCGCUCCCCCCUACUUCUCAUUUAUUUAUUUUUAUGUUAGUGAAACAGGCCCCUGAUCCAGUGGCAAAAAACGUACCAUUUUGCAUCCAGGAAACCUCAAAAAAUGUGGCAAAAUACCUCCUUCUCCAAGUGAAAAAAAUCAGAUUUCAAAUGCGCGCCCGAUCUGUUUGUGAGGAAAAAGGGCGCGCCCUUCAAAGCGGAGCUUUUUCACAUGGAGAGGGUAGAAUUUUGCCACAUUUUUGAUACUUCCUGUAUGCAAAAUGGUACGUUUUUUUGCCACUAGAUCAGGUCCCCCUAUAGUCUCUUCUCUGAGCCUUCAAAAGCCUCACAUCAAACAUUUAUCAGAGGUCGCCAGAACCACAAAAAAAAUCAAGAAACCACCAACUCCGAAAGCCAAUUACUGCAUCGAAAGUCUGGAAUCCGUUCAAAUUGCGCAACGUAACAUUCAAAUUAGCUGCAGUUACACAGAUUGAAGAGCGCGUGAAACGCAACUUUUUUGUUCGCUUCUUUCAAAAAAUGAGGCAGCCUAAACGCAGUGUUGUUACAGCCACUGGGCAUAAAAUCUCGAUAACUCCGUCGGGUCAGAUCAGUUUGACUUCGGAGCAGGCGAUUCGAGCGGAGAAUGAUUUCAGCGCCGUUGACGACUUGUUGUAUGAAUUGGGUAAGUUGCGCGGCCAGACAAAAGGUUGUGGUGAAAAAAAGCAUUAUACUACAGUGGAGGGACCUGAUUUAGUGGCAAAAAACCGUAUCAUUUUGCAUCCGGAAAGUAUCAAAAAUGUGGCAAAAUGCUUCCCUCUCCAAGUGAAAAAAAAAUCGUUUUGAAGGGCGCGCCUUUGCCCUCAAAAAAAAGAGUUGGCGCACUUUUGAAAACGGAGUUUUUUCACUUGAAGAGGGAGGUAUUUAACCCUAUUUUUUGAUACUUCCCGGAUACAAAAUGGUACGUUUUUUGCCACUGGAUUAGGCCCCCCACUGUAGAAAGUCGGGCUGGAAAUGUGGUCUAGAAAUCCCUACUGUAGGUCUGGAUAGGUCUAUAUGUUUGUGAUUUUUAAAAAGUUUUAAGAGUAACUUGAGCAUUGCGGACAUAUUAAUGUUGCUAGUUUUCGAAUGGAUAGCCUACAGAUAGUUUAAAAAAACAUAAAGCCAAAGUAUUAUUUUACCAAAAUAACGAGAAAUUUGUUUUUGGAAAAUUCGAAAAAAUUAAUGGCAUUUUCAGGAAUCACAAACCGCUACAUUUUAUUCAUCGUCCUCUCCAUGGGACUCUUUUGGGGUCUUGGCAUUAUGUCCGUAAUGUGCUCCGUAUUCUACGAAGCCGGCUUUACCUGCGAUCAUUAUGAUUACAACUGCGAAAAGGAGCGGUAUCGGAUCAAUACCAUCGAGGAUCAGGUAAGAAAUAGACCGAGUCUUCAGUUUAUUUCUAUAGUUUCACAUCCACGAUGGCUCAUUUUUAUCGGUGGACUGGUCAGCGAGCAUUUUCUUCGCUGGAGAUUUGGUUGGUGGGAUUUUAUUGUCGUAUUUGUCGGAUAUGUAA